CGGUGUUUGGAACUGGUUACAUGUAUAUUGAUGCUUCACAAGCCGUGGAAACAAGUUGAAAAACACCAGGAAACUCAUUAAUCCUAUGCAUUCCGAUCAGAUUGAUCUUUUUAAUAAGAUUGUGUUUACCAAUGAAUGAUACCAAGAUGUAUGUUAUAUAAUAAUUUCAAGGUCAGUCUCUCCAUAAUCUACGUUAAGUCUUCUUAUCCUUCGUUGCUGUAUGUUUCACAACUGCAUAAUGCCGAGUGUUAAUGGAAAGGGAGUUUAUUGAUCAUCAGACCCAAACAAUUGGUCAGAGUAAAAGAAGAAACCAAAAAUCUUAUGAGUAAGCCAUUACGAUACUUAUCUCUGUGGGUGUUUGUAUUAGAAAGGGGUAAUGAGUGAAAUAUUAAUGAUUGGAACUAUGACAAUAGGUACAUUAGUGGCAUUUGGCUUAUAUUGAAACUGAGGGUUAUUUGGUAAUAGUCAAUUGUUUCUUAAAAAUUAUGUAAUGCUGUAGCAACGUGAUUUACGAUUUACUGGUCUUUCACAUUUGUCUUUGUGGCAAAUCAUUCCAGGCAUUUAGGCUACUCACAGGGCUGGUUUUCACUGAUUUCAGUAUUCCAGUCCAUCAUGAAAAGUUCCCUGUUGUCAGCAAUUACCCCUGCCAUACUAGCAUUUUCACUUUGGCAGUCUGGAAAUGUAACAUGGGCACAGAGAGAAAAACAAAUGUUUUUUGAGAAGUUGGAAACACCUGAUGUGCGUUUCUCUGAGGGCAACAUUGGCUCCAUUUUUGUUCCGUCACAGCUUGAGUGUAGUAUGCAAUGUUUGCAGACAGCGGGAUGCGUUGCUUUUAGUUUCUGUCGUGUUUCUUCCAACUUCAGUACAAUGUGUAGAUUGGAAAAUCGGACGUCUACUUCCGACAACAUGGAAGAUUCAGAGGGAUGCAGCAUUUUUGUGUCGGUAGGGACAACAUGUAAACAAGAAAAAUGCUAUUUUUUUCAAAGUUGCAUGAAUAGUUUUCUGUUUUAGAGUUUGAUAAGUUAAUCUUAAGAGGUGAACUGUGAUUUCCGCAAGGUAAUAUAAAGAAAAUAUGUUUGAUAACCUACCUUUAAAAACUUGAUUUUAUGAUAAAUAUCAGCAAUUUGGUUUGGUUGAUUCAAAAACUUUUUAAUUGAUAGUUUGUCUUACAGUUGGAUGCGUUAAAUCAGAAAGGAGGGGUGACAGACACAGAUCUACCAUCCCCCGAUUAUUACUGGGACUUGACCGGGAAAUGUGCUGUGACGGAUAACUGUACGUUGAAUGAAGAGCCCCAGGCAUGCAAUACCAGCGUGGUGUAUGCAAACAUAGGCGAUCGCCAUGCAGAGACUAACCCUUCUACGGAGAUAUACUACUUGACUGAACGUAUAGAUAACUCAACAGGGGAUUUCAUAUGCGCUAUACAAAUGCUCGGGAGUGACAUGCAAUACAUUUCACUUGGAAAUUUCAGUGGCCGCUGUCUAUUGGACACCGAUUUAUGCACCAACGGUCUAACAGUUGGGUUUUGGACCCAGAUAAUGUGGGAAGAUAUGGUAUCCCCAGAAACGUGGUAUUUGCUUAGUUCUGGCGCUCAAGUUGUAGGAAAAGUUGGUAUAGCCGUGUAUGUGCAGCUUCAGGGAAUAUCUACAUACGUCAUUGGCGCUAUCCUGAAAGACUCUCAGAGUGGGUACACAGCCUCUGUAAACUACACCCAAUACAGCGUUCCUGGCUGUUGGAGCGGGCAGCCUUCGUACUGUGACUGGAUCCAUAUUGCAUUCGCGUGGAACCCGACUGGGCAGUUGGACCUCUAUGUCAAUGGUCAAGUCGUGGACCAAGGAUCCUCAAGUCCACAAAGCAACGCGGUCUCACCAUAUGUAUACCCACGCAUCAACAGCCGAAAUGAUGUAGAAUCAAACUUAGGUAAUGCAGCUUACAGUGAUCUGAAAAUAUUUGAACAAUUUCUGGAUUCCAGUCUGAUUAGAGAAUUGUAUGAGCGUUGAUAGAGAAUAUGCAAACGUGCAGGUUUAUUACAUAUAAUUUGGCUAGUUCCAGUACAAAUUUAGAACAUGCUUUAUACAAAUGUACAAUGUAUGUAUAUUUCUGGUUCUUAAUAAUUUCAGUGCUGAUAUCAUGAAUUUGGUAUCCUUGAAAAUUGUCUCGAAUGAGUAAACCGAUUAGCGUUUUCACAUAUUGAAUUGGCCAUUUUCGACAAUGGCAUUGGUAUUUUAACAUUUAGACGAGUAAAUCUUUAUGUAUCAAACUAAAAUCGAUACCCAAGGUGAAAGUUGUGGAAUGCAGCAACAGAAUGUUACAAUUUCUUAUUACUCAACAUAAUCUACGAUUUUAAAGCUACUUCGCUUUUGGCUGAGGGUAAACCAAUAAAAUCCAACCUUUUCAGCUCAUACGCCAAUGCUGUAGAUGUACUAAUGUAAAAAUGACAUUAGGAAUACUUCGCAACUGCAAUAAGCAAUAAACUUCAUCGAGCAAUGCCUUUGGUAGCAUCUUAGUCAUCUGCUUCAUAGCAAUCAGGAUUCCACAUAUUUGAGCAACUUGCAAAGCAAUUGAAUUUUAUUGUAUUACACGGACGGACGGAUGACACUUGUAAAUAUGUUGGAUGAUCGAAAGUAGACUUUUGACAACUUGAGCUUCAUAAGUGGAUCAUAUGAAACUGAGUAGGGCCUUUCGGUUAGAUUUCCGGAAGUGUCGAUCGUGUGGAAUAAUAAUAAUAACUUAUUCUUCAUUCUUUGAAGUAUUGUGAAAUACUUUGACAUCUUACCCUUUAUGUUGUAAAGCAGAUGACUUACACUUUCGAUAACUACAAAUAACAAUUAAAACAGAAUCAAAUGUGUAAAAGGAUAGGGAGUUAUUGAGUGGAAGUUAAA